AGUGGAGGAAAGAAAGAAAUAUUUCUCUCAGUUCAGUGUGGUGUGGUUUUGCUAUAUUUUCUUUUUGUGAAGAAUAUAUCUACUGUGUGUUUGCAAAAUAAAUUUAGGUUCAAAUAAAUUAAAAACAAUUGCAAAAGCAUCUAAGAAAUGUCUAGUUCUAUAGACACAAUUGGCAUUAAAUUACAAACGCUAGAAGAACGACUGCAAGCCGAAAAUGAUUCACGUAUGGUAUUUCCAACUCAAAUGUCUGCCUCUCCUCGACAGACACUGCCGACCCGCCCGCAACAUUUGGAAACGACACCCGUUCGACCAAGGAAAUCACUGAACCUGCCAGUUGUAGCCCAGCAUCCCGCAGCCGAAACGGAAACAGACAAAAAACUCAAAAAAAUCAUGAAACAAACUGGAAUUCUCACAAUAAAUAAUCAGUCUUACAAAACUGAUAUUCAAGACUUAAAGCACAUCGGUGAUCUGGGGAAUGGGACGAGUGGUCAUGUAGUUAAGAUGCAACAUAUUCCAAGUGGCACAGUGAUUGCUGUCAAACAAAUGCGGCGAACAGGCAAUACCGAGGAGAACAAGCGGAUACUUAUGGAUCUGGAUGUAGUUCUUAAAUCACACGACUGCCAAUAUAUUGUUCAGUGCCUUGGGUGUUUCGUUCGUGAUCCUGAUGUAUGGAUUUGCAUGGAAUUGAUGGCAAUGUGUUUUGAUAAGUUAUUGAAACUAUCAAAGAAACCCGUCCCAGAAAAGAUUCUUGGUAAAGUCACAGUUGCGACCGUGAAAGCACUUUCAUAUCUCAAAGAGAAACACGGCGUCAUACAUAGAGAUGUUAAACCUUCAAAUAUUCUCAUAGACGAAAGAGGGAAUAUAAAACUUUGUGAUUUUGGUAUAAGUGGUCGAUUGGUUGACUCGAAAGCGAAUACGAGGUCAGCAGGUUGCGCAGCUUAUAUGGCACCCGAACGAAUUGAUCCUAAAAAACCAAAAUACGAUAUCCGAGCUGACGUCUGGUCACUUGGCAUAACACUUGUAGAAUUAGCAACAGCGCGUUCCCCUUAUGAAGGUUGUAAUACCGACUUUGAAGUUCUAACAAAGGUCUUGGAUUCCGAGCCUCCCAGCCUACCACGCGACAAAGGCUUUAGCCCAGAAUUUCAUGAUUUUGUUACAAAAUGUUUGACAAAAAACCAUCAAGAAAGACCAAAAUAUCCAGAACUCUUAGAGCAACCAUUCAUCAAAGCUUAUGAGAUAACAUUCGUUGACAUACCACUCUGGUUUAGAUCGGUUGUUGAGAAUUCUGGUAUCAGAACACACCAUAGAGUUUUAAUUCCAAGUAACUCCGCAGCAUCAGCAGCAACAACAACAAUAACAACAACAGCAAAACCAACAAUAGAUUCUAGUUUAGACAAACUUCAUACAAAAACACUAUUUUCUAAACCCGUGAAAAUAACACAAAUACCAAGUUAUCAGCACUUCUUGACAGCAAACAACACAACAACAACAACAACAACAAUAAAUAAAUGUAAUUUUCCAAACUACAAUAAUCAUCAGGAAAUGCGAUCACAACAAUCAUCAUCUAUACCUCAAGCCAUAUCUACAAACAGAACAAAUUUAACUCAAAUACCUAAUUUCGAAGAAAAUGUUGCUAACGAUAUGAGUAAAAUGUAUAGAAAAUCACCCUUUAUGCAAAGAAAAAUAGGAUCGAAUCAAAAAUAUGCUGAAAGUCCUCGAAAAGAAUCAAUGUUUAGUAGUAUCGGUCAAUCUAUUAUGCGUAAUCUUACAACAUCACCAUUUAGUCAAAAGCGAAAUCCAGUUCAACCAAAUCACCAAAUUGAUUCUAUGUGGAAAAUGACAAACUGUCAUGAAUCGCCUCUAUUCGACAGAACUGAUAGUUAUAGCUCGGAUCCGUUGCAGCAGCAUUCUCCUGCGAUGUUACAGAAAAGGUUUGAUAAGCCGCUGAAUUCUUCAAAAAGCAAACCUGAAAGCCAGCCAUUUAUAUGCCCUUUACAAAAACAGGGCAAUCAAAGUCCUAUUGUUCUUCAACGGUUUUAUCAUCAACAAAACCAGUACCGGGAAAAAGAACGCUUUAACAACGAUGGAGUUACAAAUCCGUUUUUGAAUAGUUAUAUUCCAAACUAUCAAACGUCUCAAAUACCGAUUUCAACGAACCAAUCGACUCCUUCAACAUCUAGUCAAUCUUCUAAAUCAAGCUCUUCUCAUAUAGAUGGUACAAGUUAUUCUUCAUUAGGCAAUCAAUAUUUACCUAUCAAUAGUCUAAGUUCGGAUCGAGCAAUCUCUUCUCCCACUAAGAACGAUUGUUCGAACCUCUUUUCUUCGAGCUUAUCGGAGAGCUGCAAUGGUGAGAUUGUGAAAAAUAAUGCAUUAAGCUACGCGUCCAGUCGUCACAUCGAUUUAGCUGCGGCAUCUCCUGCAACGAAAGAGAACGCCUUUAGAGAAGACAAUGGAUGGUUUAAUUCACUUGCAGGUGCGAUGAAACGACAGUUUUCUUCAUACGCUAAGCUACAGAUGAACUCUUCACAUCGAGUCGGUGAAGAUCUUCGAACAAGCCGUGUUAAUGAUUCUGGAAGUUUUCAUCAUAAAUCUGAUGCGAAAUCACAAAUCCUCUUGCAUCCUAAAUCAAUACCAAAUUCAAUGGACAUCAUAAAUCCAACAAUGUGUGGCGUUGACCAUCAUUUAAAUAAAACAACCGAAGGAAUACAAAGAUCUUAUGUUCAACCUCCGAGUCCACAUAUAUUGACAGGUAUCGAUCGAAGACACCGCAGCCCGGAUCCUCCUCCACGAUACAACCGCGGACAAUCACCUCUUCUAUUAAGGAAAAACUUAAUUGAACUUAGUGGACAACCACCUGGUUCACCAGUACUGAAUAGACGCUAUAUGAAUGCUUCUCCACCACUCCCGCCGCCAAGACGCGGUUCUGAAAGUGUUCCUGGAUCACCACAACAUUUUCGAACUCGUGUUCAUUAUACUCCCGAGCCACAGAGACGAAUAUAUCGGACAAUAGAUCAAUGAGUGGCACUGCAAAUCAUGAUCAUGUGAUAUUGGUAUGGAUUCGAUGAUGCCAAUAGUGGCUUGGAUUAUUUAGAAGCUAACAUCGACAAUGAGGUUUAGCGCAAAUGCAAUUCAUUAAAUGCUUCUAUGAAAUGCAAAGCUAAAACAAAAAACAAAAACAAAA